GGCAGGGAGAGAGGCAGUCAACUUGACCUUCACCAGAGCAGUUGUCGACCCUAUCAGAUUGAUCAAGGAAGGGACUAAUACAUACUCCCUCACACCGGGGACACACAUACUAACACACUAGUGGGGAGACCAGGGCAGAGACCAGACACACACACUCCCUCACCUGGACUAUAUUCUUUACGCUCCAGCUCUACUGGUUCACCUCUUUCCUGACUCGACUGAAGGAACAACAGGCCCAGCAAUACUGAGAUUGUGCCAUAAGUUGAUUGCUCCACACAAAUUUCUCCAUCCUUACCCUAGCACACCCUCCGGCCCUGUCUCCAGCUGCAGUGAUGGGAGCAUAUAGGAGAGUUUGGAGGUUGGGGGGCUGCGUCGGGGCGGUGUUGGCCUGGAUUGGGGCACUGUUCCUGGGUUCCAGCUUGGCCCAGCCUCCCGCUGACUCCUGUCCUACGGGAGUCACUCCCUUGAACCUGAGCCAGCCCCAGUACCAGUCAGUCCCAGGAGCAGACACAGGCUUCAUGUCCGGGGUGGUCCAGUCCUUCCUCCACACCGUCCAGCCCAACCCCUUCCCCAAAGAUUUGCUGGUGAAUUUAUUGGAGGAAAAUGGCAAUAUAUACCACGACGACAAGACCAUUAAAGAGGUCCUUCUCUAUGAAGUUGGUUUCCUAGUGUGUGCUGCUAUAGGGAUCGUGUACAUUAUCCUGAUGCCCCUGGUGGGGUUCUGCCUGGCCUGCUGUCGCUGCUGUGGACGCUGUGGAGGACACAUGUACCAGAAGCAGACUAAAGCUGUCCACUGUCACAGGAGAGGAUUCUACUGGGCUACGUUACUCACCACGCUAGUCAUACUUUCAGGGAACAUCUGCAUGUUCUUCAGCAACCAGUUUCUGAAAGGGAGUGUCGAGGACAGCUCUGUGGAACUCAACAAUACACUUGACAACCUCCAAACCUACCUCACUGCUGUCCCACAGCAAAUUGAUAGUGUGCUGAUAGGGAGCAAUGAGAGAGUGGAUGAAGUCACCAGAAGCCUCAAUAAUAUAGGUAAUCUGCUGGGCAAGGAGAUCCAGAGAAGGCUAGAGGGCCCCCUGAAACCUUCCCUGCAGUCUGUCAGAGAUAUAGCCAAUGUGGUGAACAGUACCAGUGUCCUGCUGGUGAGGUUAGACUCUACUCUAACCCAGGUCCGGUCUGAUGUAUCUGUGGUCCAGGCUAAUGUUAGCUCUGUCAGAGACCGCAUCAACAACACACUGAGAAACCCUAACUGUACUGCGUGCUCGGCCUAUCAGUCAGAGCUACAGAAACUAACAUUUGCCACCACUAUCGCUGUCCCCAGUCUGAGUGAGCUGCAGUCGGCCGUUAAUAACGUCACCGAGGCUGAUCUAAACUCUAAAGUGAAAGAGGGAGAAGACUUCUUUGCCAGUAUUCCCCAAAAAGUGACCAACGACACCAAGGACGUGGUACAGAAUGUGAAGCAGCAGCUUGAAGACAUCAAGAGGCAAAUCUCUGAGGUGAAGGGAAACAUCCCUGUCUCUACCCUCAGAAACAUCUCAGACACACUGGGAGAGGCUCAGAGAUACAUCGGCAUGUACUCACAACAGUCAGAGAUGGUAGAGAUGAUCAGGUGGGGUGUGUGUAUUAUCCUGAGCUGUGCAGUUCUCCUGGUUGUAGUGUGUAACCUCCUGGGUCUGUUUUUGGGCCCGGUUGGACUAAUCCCAAAGGACAAGCCAACAGAACGAUCCAGCACCGCAGACUGUGGAGGAACCUUCCUCAUGGCGGGUGCAGGGCUAAGUUUCCUGUUUUCCUGGCUCUUCAUGCUGGUGGUGUUAGUACUGUUUAUACUGGGAGGAAAUGUCUACACACUCAUCUGCCAGCCCUGGCGCAGUGGACAGCUACUACAGUUUGCUGACACUCCAGGCCUGAUACAUGGCUUCAAUUUAGGAAAGACACUGGGCCUGAAGAGCAACCUGACACUCACUGAAGUAUACAAUGAUUGUGAAAAGAACAGGCCUCUAUGGACAACACUCCAUCUGUAUGAUCUCAUAGACCUCAAUGCUUUGCUCAACGUGUCCAAAUACACAGAAGAGAUUCAGCAGCACUUUGACAGGAAUGAGAUCAAACUGUCGACCGUCACCCUGCUCACCCGUGACAUACGCAAUCAGCUACACAGCUUCUCUGACAAGGCCCAUGAUGUCGACUUCAGCUCUGUCACACAGCAGAUCAACAAUAUUUCCAGCAUUGAUCUGAAUGAAACAGCAGACAGGCUAGACCAACUGGCUGCUGCUCAAACUGGUGUUAAAUUAGAGCUGACACGGGAGGCUGCAGACCUGAGAGAGAUCCAGUUCUACAUUAACACUGCCAUCAUCCCACAACUGACUCAUUUGAACUCCACCAUAGAUGCCCUCGGUGUCAUAGCGUCACACAUCGAUCGCACAGUCAGAGAUGUGUUGAGGGAAGUGGGAACAGCUCAAGACUUCCUCAACACUAACACUUCACGGAUUGUCAAGGCCGAGAGUAGGGGGUUCCUAGACUGUCAGAUGGGGUACUUCACGGCGUAUGCUGACUGGGCUAAUUUCACGAUCACUCAGCAGGUUGGUCUCUGUGGCCCAGUGGCUGAAGCUAUGGACUCAGCUGAGGUUAUAGUCUGCUCAAACAUGGUGCAAUCUCUGAAUGCAUUCUGGUUCAGCCUGGGCUGGUGUAUGAUCUUCCUGGUCCCCAGCAUCGUCUUCUCCAUCAAACUGGCCAAGUUCUACAGGAGGAUGAAGCACAGUGAUAACUACGACAACCACAUAGCCAUGAGCAUCAUCCCCCGAGCCCAAGUCCAACCCUACUGAGCUGAGGGAAAGAGGACUGGCCAGGACUGUUACUGCUCUCAGGGACUACCUAAAAC